CGGGAGUGUUUCCUAGCAACCGGGGAGGCCAACGUCACGGUGGCGGGUUAUAAACGCAGCUACCCACUGUGGGUCCGCCUUGUGUACCUUCCAGCACCUGAGACCUGGAGGGAUCGCCGCUCACAGCCCGGUGUCCGCACGUCGUCGCUCGUCCUCACCCACCUUCUCCUGCCCCAGGUUGCCGCGAGCAACCUUCCACCGCUCUCCCUCCUCCGAGGUCCGGGCCCGAGCCUAGGGGCGACCUGUCAGGCUCUCGCUCGGCCCUCGCCCCCCGCGCCCGCGGAGCUCAUCGCCCGCGGCCUCGGCGGGACGAUGCUGGAGUCCAUUCGGGUGACGGAAAAGCUUCACUGGCCUGAGCAAGAACUUGCUAAGAAGUCUAUUCUAAAUGCUGAAGAGUCAUUGAUCAUUGACAACAAAAGAAGCAUUUCACAUUUACCUCCUGGGAUACUUAAGGACAUUUUCACAACUGGAACCAGUAGUUACAAUGUCCUACUACAGAGCAAAGAGGAGAAAAAGCAUCUUUCACAAAAGCAGUCUUCCUCCACCUACUCCAAAAGAUGUAGAAAACCCAGCAAAUCUCCUUGCUCUUCUCAUAGUAAAGAUCUUCGCAAGAUAAAAACCCCCAUGUCUGUGAUGAGCAGUGGUAGUUGGUACUGCCUAGAAAGGCAGCCUACUGUUUUUGUCACUAGUUCAGAAUUGAAUCCUGUAAAGUUUACACAUGAUAUCUCUGUUACAGGGAACAGCAUAGUAUUGCCACCUAAACCCAAAAGCAAGAUCAAGCAGCGCCAUUUGUCCACUCUUCAAAAGCCAAAGCCACAGCCUCAGCUGUCUAGAAGUUUUGAAAAAGGAGAUGACUUUUCUGGAAAGAAAUUUUGUAUACUGACUGCUAUAAAGCCCACCAACUUAGAGAAAGAAAAACUGAGAUUUUUCAAGUCUGACUAUACCUACAAUCCUCAGUUUGAAUAUGCUAAUCCUUCUCUGCCAAGUGUGUUAGCCAAACACAGCAAUGCUUCUAACCGAUUUCUUAAGCAGUCCAUCAAUAUUAUGGAACUAACUUUGCAGAAAUAUGGAAGUUAUGAAAAAUUUGAACAGGCUACUGGUGGUAGCCUGCUCUCUAAAACUCGAAUCUGGAGUCACGUUAGGAAGUACAUGAUGAAAGAAGGCUGCAUGGGUGAGAUUGUAGUGCAUCUCACUGAGGACCUACUUUCCCGAGCUUCAAUGACAGUAGUAAAUGGUUGUCCAACGCUAACCAUCAAUAUUUCCACUGCACGUGAACACUGGCUGGAGGGAAUGCUGAGGCAUGAAAUAGGCACACAUUAUUUUCGAGGUAUUAACAAUCUCCAGCAGCCAUGGAACAGUUGGACUGGCCGUAAAAAACAUGACCUAAAGCCAAACAAUCCCACAGAGGAAGGACUGGCAAGUAUUCACAGUGUCCUGUUUAGAAAAGACCCUUUUUUGUGGAGAGCUGCCCUCCUCUACUACACUGUUUAUCAAGCCAGCCAAAUGUCUUUUUGCGAACUCUUCAAAGAUAUUGGAAAAUUUGUAAAGGAUCCAAAUACGAGAUGGGAUUAUUGUGUACGAGCCAAGAGGGGAUGGACUGAUACUUCCCAGCCAGGGUGUUUCAGUAAAGACCAGGUGUACCUGGAUGGCAUCCUGCAAAUCCUCCGAUACAGAGAGAGUAUUGACUUUCCUCUGUUGACUGCCCUGGGGAAGGUUUCUUAUGAAGAUGUGGAUCGUCUGAAAGGAUUGGCAGUUAUUGAAAACAUGAGGGUUCCCCACUUCUUGCAGGACCAUGACCGAUACAUGGAACAUUUGGAGAAGAUUAUGGAAGUGAAUGAACUGACAGAUAGGGAACUGAAAGAUCUUAUAUGUUAAUUAGCAUUCUUGCCAACAUAGCUGAGUUAUUCCUCUAUGUAUAUUACCAAUUAGGUGCAGUUAGCACCAACAAAUUUAUAAAAGAAAAAUGACUUAGUUUACUUGAGUUUUCUCAAAAAUGGUCUGCAAUAUGCAAUUGAAAUUUUAGGUUUAAAAUUUGGUAAUGUUUCUGUAGGCUACAGGAGAAAGUUAGUCUUAUUUUCAUCUGAAUCUCAACUGUCAGAUGAAAAUACUACUGAUGAGUGUUUUUGAAGAAUCUUGGUCAAAUUGAGCAAUAAGUUUCUACCUGAACAGUAAAUGCUGGUCUUAGGGCUUCUGCUUUAGCACCAAGAAUACUUGUGAGUAGAGAUUGACUUCCAGUAUUGUUCACACUCCAGGGCUACAUUUUGUUUGACAAAUAGCAAUUAUUCUCCUUUGAAAAGUUACUUUUAUUAUAUCCCAAAAAGCUAGUUCUAUGUAAUAUUUCUUAUUUCUGCUAAGCGAUGCUUAAGAGGGGAGAAGUAUUUUUAAAAGUUUUCAUUAGUUCUUUAUUUUACAUAUUAUCAUUUCACCUUAUCAGCUUCUAGGUGCUAAAAUUAGAGAAUUACCUCAGUUUCCCUUAUUAUCUCUUAUCUCUGUUUUCAUAUGCUGAAAGUUAUUAUACACCUUCAAAAAAUUUUUUAAUUUUUAUUUUUUUAACACCUUCAAAAUUUUAACCAAAUUUUCUUAGGAUCUUUCUCACUACAUUCUUUUAUAUAAAUAAUAAAUUCAAGUUCCAGAGAGGUUUGUCUACAGAAAUGAAAAUAGUUGUGUAAGAGAGAAGGUACUCAUCUUUUUAUUAAGUAAAGCUACUAGUAAGGGACAAAUAGACUGAUCACAUAGGAGCUAGAUGUUGACUGGACAGUGUCUAUGGUAAAUUUGACCAUGGUUUGAAAAGUGGAAUUUCUGAAUGUUGUCAUUUGAUAAAUUGAUUUUAUGAUGCUGCCUCGGUGUAUUUUAUCAAAAUUUCAUCAUCCUAUUAAUGACAUCAUUUGAACUUACUUUUGAAGUUACAUUUUUUCUGCUAAAAGUAAUAUAUCUAGCUCUGUAAUGUAUCAAUGUUGAUAUAUCCUUGGAGAUACACACACACACACACACACACACACACAGGAUCAAAUGGCUCCUCAAACAACUAAUUUGAAUGAUCAGAAACAAUACUGGUGUAGUAAACACCAUUUAAAACGCUGCUGUGAUUACUACCCAAAGCUAUUUGAGACUUUUUCUUUACCUCAAUUCAGACUGAAAUAUGGUGCUAACACUGUUAGAUGUAUACUGCAAAGCCACAUUUAUGCUAGAAAAUAUUUUAGAAAAUCUUUGCAAGCUAUGUAAUUCCUCUCUUUCAAAUACCUAGAAUGUUGCAGCAAAUAGGAUAUACAAUUAGAAGCUUGGUGGUUCUUGCUUCUAGAACUACUUCCAUCUCAACGUUGGCAGUAGCAAGUCAGACCUUUUGCAACAUUUAAAACGCCCACAUACGUGUUUGACAGCUUGGAGUGUGGCCUGCACGUUCUAUGCAGGGUUGGGGGCCCAGUGUGCCAAUGCUAACCAGACAUGGGAAAACCACCCUUUACUCCUCAAACAUUAUUUCCUUGUAGCAGAGUCAUGCAGUUUCAGCUUUGUCUAGUGUUUUCUGACUUCAUCUUUAAACUUAUCAGAGUGUGAUUAUGAAAAUGGUGUCUUAUUAACUGGAACGAAAAAGUAUAGACAGAGAUAGCAAACUUUAUGUCUUGUAAUUUAAGCUCAAAUAACUGUAAAUUCAACAUUUGUAGGCAAUAACACCAUUGAUCUUUUACAUUAUAGUUUAAAUAUAAAGGAAAAUCACAACAGCCUUAAUUUCCUACUGGAAGGAUUAUUUGCAGUGGUUCUAGUCCCUUAACUAAAGAAUUCUUGCCUUACUUCUUUGGUAUAAAGAUAAAAACACGAGUACUAUCUAGACAAAAAAUGAACUUAAAUCACAUUGAUUGUCUUAAGCUACUUUAAAAGUUAGCAAUGAACCAAAAAUUAUUUCAGAUUAGCAUAAAUACUUGAAGAGCUCUAAUCUUUAAAAGUUCGUAUUGAAGAUUAAUGUUUAUUCUCUCUCUGGAAAUAGCAUUAAGGUCAAUUUUGUUCUGUAAAAUAAAAAUUUCAAUAAAUAGAAAAUUAUAAUAAUAGUACUUGGAAGAAUAGUUGAAGAUCAUAUUAAUUUUCAUUAUAAUAAUUACAUGCUAUGUAGGAUAUUGAGGAUUAGAAUUUCAUCAGUUUUGUAAUUUUUAACAUAUGGUUGUUUAUCAGAUAAAAAUUCUCACACUUAGGUCUUCACAUGAGAGAGGACUUAAAAGUAAUAUUUGUAAACAUAAAUCCAUAGUCUUCAUGUCUUUAUAUUUUCACUUUUGUAAAAAUAUUUAAAAUUUGUAUUGUUUUGUAUGUAUUUGGGUAUUUUAUGUCUAGCUAUAAUAGAAGUAAAUAGUACUGAAGUUCUCAAAUGAAAUAUGUAGAUAUGUAUGCAUGCAAAAUUCUAUUCUUUGAAAAUCUAAUUAUAUUUUUAUUG